UUAGGCCCAGUCAGAAGUUUUAUGUAAAGGGAGUUGAAGUUUGCCGUGAAGUAUUCUGUUUUGCAUACAACAUCGGAAAGGAGAAACUAAAACGAAUUGGUCGGUCUCUUGACAGUGAUGGAUUGAUUGCUAGGACUCAUGGUAAUACCAAAAGACUACCUCAUAAUGCUAUAUCACAUUUGAGGAGAGAGAAAAUAUAAGAAAGUUCCUCAUCUGCUAUGCAUCUGACAAUGCAAUGCCCCUUCCCGGAAGACUUCCAAACCACCGCAAUAGUAAAGUGAUGUUGUUGCCAUCUGAUAAGUCACAAGCAGACAUUCAUGUGGAAUAUGAAAAAAUAGACGGUGCAAGAAGUAUUAGUCUUAGUACUUUUACCAGAGUAUGGCGGGAGUUGUGCCCACAUAUUGUCUUAGCGAAACCAAAAACAGACUUGUGUUUUAGAUGCCAAACAUUUUCUUGUAAAAUUUCACAAAGUGGUGCCCCUUUCUGAAGAUGAUAAAAUGACACUUCUUGAUGAAUAUGAAAGUCAUGUUGAAAGUGCUAGACAUCAGAGGGAGCAAUAUAGAAUGCAGUGUGAUGACUCUAAAGUUACAUGUAGUGAAAACAUUACAGUUGAAGGUGCAGUAUCAUGUUCCUUAGAUGCAACUGUCCACUACAGCAGGGACUUUGCACAGCAGGUUCAUAUUCCACACCAUAGCCAACAGGUUAGACCCCUGUAUUUCAAAACUGCCAGGAGAUGUGAGGUAUUUGGAGUUUGCUGUGAAGGAUCUGAGAAACAGGUGUUUUACCUUGGUGAUGAGGGUGUUGCCCCAGGCAAAGGAGCAAACACAGUUGUCAGCUACCUCCACCAUUACCUUGAAAACUACGGCCUGGGUGAGGAACAUGCCCAGUUCCAUUUUGACAAUUGCCAAGGACAGAACAAAAAUAAUGCAGUUCUUGGUUAUGCUGUGUGGAGAACAUUGACGGGAGGGCAUAAGACAAUCCAAUAUUCAUUGAUGCUAGCCGGCCACACCAAAUUCUCAUGUGAUUGGCAUUUUGGAGUGUGGAAAAACAGAUGGAGACACAUGGAUGCAGAGACAGUUGAGGAGGUGGCUUCCACAGUAGCAAUGUCAUCCCGUAAUGGCCACAACAUCCCCCAUAUUGUUGAUGGCAACAGCAAACCAGUGUUGUUCUAUGACUGGAGCACCUUCUUCAAAGGCAUGUUCAAACCAUUGAAGAACAUUUCGAAAUACCAUUCAUUUGAGGUGUCUUCUAACGAGCCUGGGGUUGUAAGAGUAAGGAAGUUUGUUGAUGCCCCUGAGGAGAAAAUUAACAUACUGAAAACCUGCCAAGUGGAUAUUUGUGUUAUGCCAGAGCAGAUCUUUGGUGAGGGAAUAAAUGCUGAAAGGCAAUGGUACAUGCAUGAUGUAAUAAGAGACUUUUGCAGAUCGGAUCAUGCUAAAACACAACAUGCCCUUUGCCAUUAGUUGCAAAAGAAGGCUAUUCAAAGGCCAAAAAACAAAA